CCAGUAGCUCUGCUCCCGUGGCCCGACGCGUGCCCUCUCCACCUCACCACGACACGUCUCCCUCUUCGCGCAUUAGUGAUAAACUCGCUCGCUCCCUCCCUCACCCUGCCAGCGGCCCUCACACAUGUCUGCUUCAACAUAUUCCGCCAUCUUGCUGGCGUUAGCAACGUUCCUGCUGGCACUGAUGCCUCCACCAGCCAGGGGACGACUGGUGAAGGCGGAGGAGGACCUGGAUGUGACCCUAGAGGAGGGCGACCACACCACCUGCUGCCAGCGAGAACCAAACAUGAACCACAUUGGAGUCUCAGAUGUUACAGGUGAAGAGAUCGUGAUGGACGUGGGUCACUGCCCUCGACGCUGCGGCAAAAAGAAACAACUCAAGAGAAACGAAUUCGAGCGACUCCUUUUGGACAAUCCUGACAUGGACCCACGAAUGUUGUUCUUACUACACUCUGGCCAACGACGGAGCCAACAAUCAUGCCCGGGGGAGGAGGAGGAGAUGUGUGCGGCCUCAGCUUGGCGGGUAGAGAGGCUGGUCACCACAGAGGGCGUAGUGAGUGUGACGGUGACGGAGGCGUGUGAGUGUCAACCACGCCCCCACUCCUGCCGCCAUCACCCACGCCCCGUCACCCUCCACAAAGGCACACCGUUACAGACUACAGUUGACCUCGGCCACUGCCAGGGUCACUGUUAUCACGAUCUGGGUUGUAAAGCUAUCAAGUCGAGGACGGUGUCAGUGGAAGGUCCCAAUGGAGCUGAGUGUGUGUCGGUCGUGGAGGAGUGUGGCUGCCAGUCGUCUUGCUACCGGGCCUCUCUCUACCAACACGUAUAUAACUACACGACCGAGGACGACCCCAGUGUUCAGGUAAUUGACGUCGGCACCUGUACUGGCGAAUGUGACAUCGUUCAGGAGGACCAGUGUGUCUUGAGAGAGACUAGCGGAGGGUGCAUGAUGUCCCUGGUCAAGAGAAACUCCCGGUGUUCUCCCUCAAGCACCAAAGACAUGGAGAUACACCAAGCAGACGGCUCCAUCCGCUCUCUCACCACCAUCACCCACUGCGGCUGUCACUGAAGAGAGCUAAGGUUCCCCAGGCUAAUACAGACAGACAGACAGACAGACAGAAACACUAAAGCAAGCUAAGGUCUCCCAGCCUAACACAGACAGACAGACGAACGAAACACUAAGGCAAGC